AAAGAACCGCAGCGAGAACCGACCGAGCUCCGGGUCCAGGACCGAUUAAUGGAACCGGGCGCCAUGGCGGGCCCGUGUUAAAGCGAGAACACCACAUUUUUAUCCCCUUUGUUCUCCCUCGACGCCUCGUAGCCUUCUCGCGCCUCCGCCGAGGAGGGGCCGCCGCGGAGAAGCUCUCCUUUCCGAGCAGAGCAGCAGCAGGAGGAGGAGGAGGAAGAGGAGGAGGAGGAAGAAGCAGCGGAGCCCGGCGGGGUUUUUCUAGCCUACGAGCCGAAUGGCGGACCGUGAGGCGUCGCCGAUACCGUUGGAGAUCCGAGCUCGUCUGGCGGAGCUGGAGCUGGAGCUGUCAGAGGGCGACAUCACUCAGAAGGGUUAUGAGAAGAAGAGGUCCAAGCUGAUCAGGGCAUAUGUUCCACAUGCUGGAGGUAUGGAAGGGCCCAUGUCUCACCGGACCCCGCUCGGCCCGCCCUCUGCUGCCCGUUUCCACAGGCGGCGAACCUCUGGCACAAGAGAUGAACGCUAUCGCUCAGACGUCCACAGUGAGGCGGUCCAGGCGGUGUUGGCACGCCAUGUGGAACGGAAAGUAGCAGUGCCUAUGCCUUCUAAAAGGCGCUCACUGGUGGUGCAGACUUCCAUGGAUGCAUACACACCUCCAGACUCGUCGUCGGGCUCAGAUGAGGAGGCGGGGCCAGGUGACGACAUGUCGGCAUUGGAACACUGGAUGAGCCGCCCUUCCCAGCUAGGCCCCGCCCACCUCGGCUCCACCUCUUCAUCGUCCUCGUCCACACAGAGUGGAGGCAGUGGUAAUGCCGGACGACUGGCGGACUCGCUGGCGCAUGCACACAUCACGCACUCGCACCUGGCCCAUGCCCAUCUAGGGCACACGCACCUGGGCCAGUCGCUUCAUCAACAGAGCCAUCUGUCACAGUCACACCAUGGUAUUGGCCACCUGUCUUUGAAGAGGAAGGGAGCUCUGAGUGUAGCAGAGAAUGGAGGAUCUCUGCGGCGAUCCUGUGAGUUUGGAUCCGACAUGCUGUGGCCUCCACCACUAGAGUCAGAUGAGAAUCAUUCAGCCCCACCGGAUGUGACCGGUUACUCAUCAGACACAUCCCACACCCACACUGAACGUCACCACAUGUCCAACAUGGGAACUAUUGCCAGGAACACACAGAAGUAUGGCAAUGCAGAGCGCAUGGAGACGGGAGAUGGUGUCCCAGUCAGCAGUCGUGUGUCGGCUAAGAUCCAGCAGCUUGUUAACACGCUUAAGCAACCUCGAAGACCUCCACUACGAGAGUUCUUUGUUGAUGAUUUUGAUGAGUUACUUGAAGUUCAGCAGCCUGACCCCAAUCAGCCACGGCCGGAGGGUGCCGAGAUGAUGCCGGUGCGGGGCGAGCCGCUGGGCGUGGUCACCAACUGGCCUCCCUCCCUGGAAGCUGCACUACAGCGUUGGGGAACAAUCUCCCCUAAAGCCCCGUGCCUCACCAGCCUGGACACCGCAGGGAAGCCCCUCUAUGUACUCACAUACGGGAAACUGUGGUCUCGCAGCAUCAAGCUUGCCUAUAACAUCCUCCACAAAUUGGGCAGCAAACAGGAGCCCAUGGUGCGACCAGGCGAUCGAGUGGCAUUAGUGUUUCCAAACAAUGACCCAGUGGCUUUCAUGGUGGCCUUCUACGGCUGUCUGCUGGCGGAGGUUGUUCCUGUUCCCAUAGAGGUGCCCCUAAGUCGCAAGGAUGCUGGCAGCCAGCAGAUUGGAUUCCUAUUGGGUAGCUGUGGUGUUACUGUGGCGCUCACCAGCGAUGCCUGCCAUAAGGGUCUGCCCAAGAGCGCAACAGGAGAAAUCCCGCAGUUCAAAGGUUGGCCCAAAUUGCUGUGGUUUGUAACAGAGUCGAAGCACCUGUCCAAGCCUCCCAGAGACUGGUUUCCUCACAUCAAAGAUGCAAACAAUGACACUGCUUACAUCGAGUAUAAAACCUGUAAGGACGGCAGUGUGCUGGGAGUCACAGUGACAAGGAUCGCUCUGCUUACACACUGCCAAGCUCUCACCCAGUCCUGCAGCUACACAGAGGCUGAGACCAUUGUCAACGUUUUAGACUUUAAGAAGGACGUGGGGCUCUGGCAUGGUAUCCUGACGAGUGUAAUGAACAUGAUGCACGUGAUCAGCGUGCCCUACUCGUUGAUGAAGGUCAACCCGCUGUCAUGGAUCCAGAAAGUCUGCCAGUACAAAGCCAAGGUAUCAUGUGUGAAGUCCAGAGACAUGCACUGGGCUUUAGUGGCCCACAAAGACCAGAAGGACAUCAACCUGAGCUCCCUGCAUAUGCUGCUGGUGGCUGAUGGAUCAAAUCCCUGGUCCAUCUCAUCUUGUGAUGCCUUCCUCAACGUUUUUCAGACAAAAGGGCUGAGAGGUGAGGUCAUCUGUCCCUGUGCCAGCUCACCUGAGGCCCUCACAGUGGCCAUCAGAAGGCCGGUGGAGGACAGCAGCCAGCCUCCAGGUCGAGGUGUUCUGUCCAUGCAGGGCCUGAGCUACGGAGUGGUCCGGGUCGACACUGAAGAACGCCUCUCAGUGCUCACUGUGCAGGAUGUGGGCACUGUCACACCAGGAGGUCUGGUGUGCAUGGUGAGACCAGAAGGUGUUCCUCAGCUCUGUCAGACGGAUGAGAUUGGCGAGCUCUGUGUUUGCUCCAUCGCCACUGGCACCUCUUACUACGGCCUCACCGGCAUGACCAAGAACACAUUUGAGGUUUACCCAGUGAGUUCCAGCGGGGUGCUGAUCAGUGAGUACGCUUUCGUGAGGACCGGCCUGCUGGGCUUUAUUGGCCCCGGCGGCCUGGUCUUCAUAACUGGCAAGAUGGACGGCCUGAUCAUGGUCAGUGGGCGGAGACACAAUGCUGAUGACAUCGUUGCCACAGCACUGGCAGUGGAGCCCAUGAAAUUUGUCUACAGGGGCAGGAUAGCCGUGUUCUCAGUGACGGUGCUGAGGGACGAGAGGAUCGUGGUGGUGGCUGAGCAGAGGCCUGACUCCACAGAAGAGGACAGCUUCCAGUGGAUGAGCCGUGUCCUGCAGGCCAUAGACAGCAUCCAUGGGGUUGGCGUGUUUUGUCUGGCCCUGGUCCCAGCCAACACCCUGCCGAAGACUCCACUGGGCGGCAUUCACCUUUCAGAAAUCAAACAGCUGUAUCUGGAGGGGGGGCUGCACCCCUGCAAUGUCCUCAUGUGCCCUCACACGUGUGUCACCAAUCUGCCCAAACCGCGGCAGAAACAGCCAGAGAUUGGACCCGCCUCUGUGAUGGUUGGAAAUCUGGUAUCAGGGAAAAGGAUUGCUCAGGCCAGUGGGAGAGAUUUGGGACAAACUGAUGAUAAUGACCAGUUCCUGUUCUUGUCAGAGGUUUUACAGUGGAGAGCUCAGACCACACCGGACCACGUUCUCUACACGCUGCUCAGCUCUCGGGGGGCGGUGUCCAGUUCCCUAACCUGCCUGCAACUUCAUAAAAGAGCAGAGAGAGUGGCGGCCCUGCUGAUGGAGAGAGGGGGUCUGCAGGAAGGAGAUCAUGUGGCGCUGGUCUACCCACCAGGUAUUGACCUGAUUGCAGCCUUCUAUGGCUGCCUGUACGCCGGCUGUGUUCCCAUCACAGUGCGACCGCCUCACCCUCAGAACAUCUCCACCACCCUGCCCACCGUCAAGAUGAUUGUUGAGGUCAGUCACUCAGCCUGUGUUAUGACCACAACGGUCAUCUGUAAGCUGCUGCGCUCCAAGGAAGCCAUGGCCACCGUGGACAUCAGGAACUGGCCGCCUGUCCUGGACACUGAUGACCUGCCAAAGAAGAAGCCUCCAGCACUGUUUAAGCCCACCAACCCUGACGGAUUGGCUUAUCUGGACUUCAGUGUGUCGACAACCGGCAUGCUGGCCGGAGUUCAGAUGUCCCAUAAUGCUGUUGGAGCCUUCUGUCGGUCAGUGAAGCUACAGUGUGAAUUGUACCCAUCCAGAGAAGUUGCCAUCUGCCUGGAUCCAUACUGUGGACUAGGGUUUGUCCUCUGGUGUCUCUGCAGUGUGUACUCAGGCCACCAGUCCAUCUUGAUCCCCCCUGUGGAGCUGGAGUCGAACCCGGCACUGUGGCUGCUUGCCGUCAGCCAGCUGAGGGUGCGAGACACCUUCUGUUCUUACAGUGUCAUGGAGCUCUGUACCAAAGGACUUGGCCUGCAGACUGAAGCACUGAAGGCGCGAGGACUGGACCUGUCCCGGGUUCGGGCCUGUGUCGUGGUGGCUGAGGAGCGGCCCAGGAUGUCGCUCACACACUCCUUCUCCAAACUCUUCAAAGACCUCGGCCUUCAUCCCAGAUCCGUCAGCACAGCCUUCGGCUGCAGAGUCAACCUGGCCAUCUGCCUGCAGGGAACUUCAGGGCCAGACCCCACGACUGUGUAUGUGGACAUGAGAGCGCUGCGCCAUGACAGGGUUCGUUUAGUGGAGAGAGGUUCUCCUCACAGUCUGCCCUUAAUGGAAUCUGGCAAGAUCCUACCCGGGGUACGCAUCAUCAUCGCCAACCCAGAGACUAAAGGCCCGCUGGGAGACUCGCAUCUCGGAGAGAUCUGGGUGCACAGUGCUCAUAACGGCAGCGGUUACUACAGCGGUUAUGGUGAGGAAGUUCUGCAGUCGGAUCAUUUUAACUCCAGACUCAGUUUUGGAGACACACAGACAGUCUGGGCCCGAACCGGCUACCUGGGCUUUCUCCGCCGCACUGAGCUUACAGAUGCUCACGGAGAGAGACAUGAUGCGCUGUUUGUGGUGGGAGCUCUGGAGGAAGCCAUGGAGCUACGCGGAAUGAGGUAUCAUCCCAUUGACAUCGAGACCUCUGUCAUCCGCGCGCACAAGAGCAUCAUGGAGUGUGCGGUGUUCCCCUGGACCAACCUGCUGGUGGUGGUGGUGGAGCUGGAGGGCUCAGAGCAGGAAGCACUUGAUCUGGUUCCCAUGGUUACCAAGGCAGUACUGGAGGAACACUACCUGAUCGUGGGUGUCGUUGUGGUGACAGACAUUGGCGUUAUCCCCAUCAACUCCCGUGGCGAGAAACAGCGCAUGCAUCUCCGUGAUGGCUUCUUACAAGACCAGCUAGACCCCAUCUACGUGGCCUACAACAUGUAGCCUGAGUGCAUGUACGACUGUGCGUCUGUGUGUGCGAGCGAAAGUGAGCGAGCAUGUGUUUUUAUGAAAGUGCCCAUCGGCAUUGUUGUUCAUUUAUUUCCCAAAAUCAAGAUGUACUGUAUUUUUGAACCUGCAUAUGGCGUGAUCGAACUCGUCGGUUUUCUUUAAAGUCGUGUCGUUGGGAUCGAGUGACUUGACUGAGUUGGUUGGUGACAGUUUGAGCAUUUUUACAUUCCCCUCCAUUGACUCUCAUGACCGUUACAGGAGCUCGUCACUGUAGGACGCCUUAUGGGAACACUGUGUAAGUGACGAUAGUUCUAGUUGUCACAAUGUAUGUCAUCUCUCCAAGGUUUUUUAGGAGGUCAAAUAGAGCGAGAUAAAUAAUAGACUCUGUCUCUGUCAUCAUGUUUACUGCUCAAAGUGCAACUCCCCAAUAUGUGGUAUUAUUUCAGUUAGAACAGGGGCACCCAGAUUAUU